GGGUGCGUUUGUCUGCGCUGAAGAUGGAGACAUGUCUGCUGUUCCUCUCUCUCUCCUCCCUCCUCCUGCUCUCCACAGCCAGCAGGGAGGAUGUGAGGCUGGUGAAGGGUAGCAGCCCCUGUGCUGGGAGAGUGGAGGUUUACCAUGAUGGAGAGUGGGGGACAGUGUGUGAUGAUGGCUGGGAGAUGAGGGAUGCUGGAGUGGUGUGCAGACAGCUGGGCUGUGGAGAUGCUGUAGAUGCACUAGGAGGUGCUCACUUUGGACCAGGGUCUGGGAGAAUAUGGAUGGAUGGUGUGUACUGCAGUGGAUCAGAAUCCUCACUGAAGCAGUGUUGGUCACGAGGAUGGGGUGAACAUAACUGUAAUCAUGGAGAGGAUGCUGGAGUGAUCUGCUCAGAGACACCCCAGGCUGUCUUGACGGUCUCUCCACAUGGGUGGAUAUAUAGAGGACAAGCUGUCAGUCUCUCUUGUGAGGUCACAGUGCCCUCUGCUGGCUGGGAAUAUUACUGGUACAAAGGAGAUGGAUCAAGUGGCACUGCCCUCAUUGCCACUACAGCUGAAGGCUCUCAGGGUCAGAGACUGGGGGCCAGGGCCAAGGGGUCAGAGGGUCUGCUGGUCAAAGGGCUCUCCAGUAAGAGCAGGGUUACAGGCAGCCUGUAA